UAGUGAGCUGCGUAAAGCGCUUGCGUCAAUAUUUGUCAAGGCCCGCGACUAGCUAGCGUGCUAGUUAAAAAAAAAAAGCUAGCGUGCUAGUUAAACACUGGGCGGUGAUUAGAGGUUUUCUUCACUAAUAACGUCCUGCUUGUGGUUUUUCUACCGUCUCUCGCCGCCUGUUUCGGGGUCGGUCUGACUCAUUUCUAAGAUGUCCUUUCCACCUCAUUUAAACCGGCCUCUGUUGCCCCCGCCUGGACUCCCCCCUCAGUAUGCUGGAUUUCCCUCAGCAACUCCAAUGAUCCCAGUUCACAUGGGCAUCAUGGCCCCCACCCCGACAGUCAUGGUCCCCUCUGUGUCAGUCGUCAGCAAGCCUCCAGUCCAUAAAAAGGAUGUUGCUGCUUUGAGAGCCAAAGACAAUGACGAGAACAGUGGGCCCACCACGACAGUCUUUGUGGGGAAUAUAUCAGAGAAAGCUUCGGACAUGCUCAUCAGACAACUGCUGGCGAAAUGUGGAAUUGUUCUUAGCUGGAAAAGAGUACAAGGAGCUUCUGGCAAGCUUCAAGCUUUUGGUUUCUGCGAGUACAAAGAGCCCGAGUCCACGCUCAGAGCCCUUCGGCUCCUUCAUGACCUGCAGAUCGGAGACAAAAACCUGCUAGUCAAGGUGGAUGCCAAGACGAAAGCACAGUUGGAUGAGUGGAAGGCCAAAAAGAAGACGGCAAAUGGGACUAAGAAGGCCGAAGACGGAGGAGACGAGGAAGAGGAGGUUCUAGAUGAAGAGACAAAGAAGAAAGAUCAGAUCGUCAAAGGUGCCAUUGAUGGACUGAUGCGAGAAUACGCCGCUGAACUAAACGCGCCUUCGCAGGACGACGAGUCUCAGCGUCGAAAGAGAAAAAAGGAGAAAAAAGAAGAGGAUGACAUAAACACAAUUGACAUGGAGGAGGACAAGAGAGACCUGAUCUCCAGAGAGAUUAGUAAAUUUCGUGACACUCACAAGAAACUAGAGGAAGAGAAAGACAAGCGGGAGAAGGAGCGGCUGGAGUUUGAGCGCGAGCGGAGGGAGCGGGAGAAGGAGCGGGAGCGAGAGAGAGAGCGGCGAGACCGCGAGAGGGAGAAGGAACGAGAGAGGGAGCGCGAGCGGGAAAGAGAGCGAGAGCGCGAGAGAGACCGAGACAAAGACCGCGACCGCCGGACCAGAGAGCGAGAGCGGGAGCGGGACUGGGAGAGAGACAGGAGCCGCGACAGGAGCGCCGACCGCAGCCGGUCGAGGGAGGUGAGUCGAGACAGAGAGAGAGAAAAGAAGCGAGAACAAGAAGACGAAGAGGAAGCGUAUGAACGCAGGAAGCUGGAAAGGAAACUCAGAGACAAAGAAGCGGCGUAUCAGGAGCGUCUAAAAAACUGGGAGCUUAGGGAGAGGAAGAAGGCGCGGGAUUAUGCCAAGGACACGGAGAGAGAAGAUGAGCGCCGGCGUGAAGUGGUGAAAGAAGGCAAACGUUUGAAAGAGUUCCUGGAAGAUUAUGAUGAUGACAGAGAUGAUCCCAAAUACUACAGGGGCAGUGCGCUGCAGAAGCGUCUCAGAGACCGAGAGAAGGAGAUGGAGGCGGACGAGCGUGACAGGAAGAGAGAGAAGGAGGAGCUGGAGGAGAUCAGACAGCGGCUGCUAGACGAGGGACACCCAGACCCAGACGCAGAGCUGCGCAGGAUGGAGGAGGAAGAGGAGGAGCGUCUGAGACGGCCUCCCAUCAUCCAAGAGCCGGAGCCCGAGGAGGAGCGCGAACGCCACCGGAGUUCCCGGGACCACCGGGAUCGCCGCCCGGAACCGGAAAGACCGGAGCCCCGCGCCAGACCGCCGCACUCGGACGACGAGGUGGAGGAGGGCGAGGAAGAGUACGACCACGACGAAGACAACCCCGACGUGAAGCCGCCGAGCUUGAAGCCCAUGAUGCGGCCCAUCACGGCGGCGCCCUCGGUCUCGUCCGCCAGCGGCAACGUGUCCCCCGACACGCCCGGGGAGGAGUCGCCCUGCGGCAUCAUCAUCCCCCACGAAAACUCGCCGCCCGACGCCCUGCCGCAGGACGAGAACCGGCCCAAGAUCGGCCUCAGCCUCAAACUGGCUGCCACAGGAAGCCCGAGUCAGCCCAACGCCGGGAAGAGGAAGAAGCUCCCCGUGGACAGCGUCUUCAACAAGUUCGACGACGAGGAGGCGGACGAGCAGCCCCGCAAGAGGAAGCUGGUGCCGCUGGACUACGACGACGACAAGAGCCUCGGGGUGGACGGCGCCGGGCUGUCCAGCAUAAAGGGAGCGAACACCGAGGAGAAACGCAAGCACAUCAAGAGCCUGAUCGAGAAGAUCCCCACGGCCAAGCCGGAGCUCUUCUCCUACCCGCUGGACUGGACCAUGGUCGACUCGACGUUAAUGGAGAGGCGCGUUCGGCCGUGGAUCAACAAGAAGAUCAUCGAGUACAUCGGCGAGGAAGAGCCGACGUUAGUGGACUUCGUCUGCUCCAAGGUGAUGGCUCACAGUAUGCCGCAGAGCAUCCUGGACGACGUUGCCAUGGUUCUUGAUGAAGAAGCUGAAGUCUUCAUAGUGAAGAUGUGGCGGCUGCUCAUUUAUGAAACUGAAGCCAAGAAGAUAGGACUGGUGAAAUGAAGCGACGUUUUGUUUUUCCCCGUUCCUUCCCCCCUCCUCACUCUCUCAUGUUGUAUUAUAGUGUAGCGACGGUCCGUCAGCCCCGACCUGUAGACUUCUGCUCAUUCCCACGAUCGCACCACUUGUUUCAGGUCUUUUUUUUUUGUUUCUUUUUCUUUCUUCCAGCACCACCCGGCCUCUCCUGUGUCUGCAGGUGCUGACGGUGUCGGUGUGCUUCAGUGUAAAUACAGUACAUAAUUGUUUGGCUGUGAUGGAAAAAUUGAAAACUGAAGUUGCAAAUAGACUCGGUGUCAUUGUGUUGAUGAAUAAGAGACUAUUUUCUGUUUGUGUACGUACAAACACACUGGGGGGGGGGAUAUUGGAGCUUUCCAGUCGACACACACUUUACAGUAUGAUUUUUAGUUCAGUUUUCCAUGGGGUAUUUAUUUAAGGGUCUUGGACGCCACCGCAGCUUCAACCAGACAGACGUUUCCCUCGUCUCCUCACAUUCCUGAUAAACGGGUCAGUGUGUUCGUCUUUUGUUACCGGUUGAAAUGUGUCUGCUAGGAGAACUCCUCAAAUCGUCCCAGGUGGGGAACUAGUGAAAGCACACAAACACACACACACACGGGAAAACCACUACCAGAAAACGGGCAAAGAAUAGGACAAAAAGGAUUUCAAGUUGUGAAGAUUCUCUCCAUUUUUUUUUUGUAUUCAGUAAACAUUUGAAUAAAAAUGACUUUUUUCUAA